AUGAAGAAGGAUGCUCCUGAAAUAGCAGGCUAUGCCAUCCUGCCUUUGCAGCUUCCCGAAACCCCUGCGUUUGAAAAGCCUGCAACGCAUUUUCUCUACCUCCGCCCUCACGAACCUCGCAUUCCAGACCCCGAUUCCCCUCGCUCCCUUUUCGUCGUCAAUGUUCCCAUAGACACCACUGAGCUACACUUGCGACACUUAUUUGGUACACAACUAUCCGCUGGCCGGGUUGAAAAGGUUCAUUUCGAGGACGUCCCGACAAAGAAAAAUGCCAUCGCAGCGAACACCCAAGGAAACCUCUCGAAGAGCAAGAAGCGGAAGAGGGUGACCGUGGACGAGCUACAGGACCAACUGGACAAUGCCGGCCCACCAUCUACCUGGGAUAGAAAAUUGCAUACGAGUGGCUCACAUGCCGUCGUGGUGUUCGCCGAUAAGCCCAGCAUGGAGGCUAGUCUGAAGGCCGCGACCAAGGCAGCUAGAAAGGGCACCAAGAUUGUCUGGGGCGAAGGGAUUGAAGACCGACUGCCUUCAUUGGGAUACUCGCGGUAUCUUGCCCAUGAGCGCUUCCGCUAUCCGGAUCGGGCUGCACUGCUUAACUCUGUGAACGACUUCAUGACUGUCUUUGCGCAGGUCGCGGAAGCUCGCAAGCGCGAAGAGGCACGCAAGGCGCAGGAGCCCGACGAGGAUGGUUUCGUUACUGUUACCAGUGGGCCGAAGCUCAACUCUGUUUCACGCGAGGAUGAACUUAAAGAAUUGAUGGAGAAGCAGAAGAAGAAGGAAGAGGGUCUGGAAGACUUCUACCGAUUCCAGUCGCGCGAGAAGAGAAAGGAGAGACAGAAUCAACUGCUGAAGAGGUUUGGCGAGGAUAAGAAGAAGCUUGAAGACAUGAAGAGACGCAAGGGAAAGAUCAGGCCUGAAUAA